CAGGUAUUUGCUGCGGGGUAAUGCUGACAUGUAGGAUGUGGGGAUCCGCGUAGGCUAGAGUUAUAAUCACCUCACAGGAGGCUUAGAUCAUUGCUGCUGAUAACGAGGCAGUGGUUCAACUCGCAGCCACAGAAGUACAAGAUAGCGCUUGCCCAAUCAUGUUUCAACUUGUACUACAUUGGUGUAAAUCUUUAGCUCAACGGUUUCGACUUUCAAGUGCUGUGGCUUCGCCGAUAGUAUGUAGCUGCGCACAGCUCAACACGCUCCUCACCUUACCUUGGUAGCCUUCCCUUUUCUUCUUCUCCAUAUUUUCCAAUUGCGUUCGACGUGCGCUCCUGCUGGCUACGUCACCUGAGUAGUCUUGAUGUCAAUCGCUUGUCGUUCGCGUGUUAUCGCUCUAGGUUUAUGCUUUUUUCAGCUCUAUGGGAACGUGAAUGGCGACUGUUACGCUCGUAACGGCGAAUCUGCACUUGACAGUAGCAGCUAUCCAGGCAAAGACGAACUUGUUACUUGUGGUCAAGAGACCAGCAGCUGUUGCUUUAGAGGCGAACUUUGCGCGAGCAAUCUUCUUUGCUACGGGCCGAACAGAGAGAAUGUUGCGAGGCAGUGGUGUGACAACCGGUCAUGGAAAAAUUGCUCAGACUUCGCCAACGAUCACACCAGAGGCGGUGUCGGCCUCACAGAUUGUGGCAGCAAUGAAUUCGCUAUUGGAACAGAACCAGGAAAUUGUGGGACACAGAUUCUAUACUUUGUCGAUCCACACACUGGCGAAGUACACAACACGUCUACACGGUCGUCUAAAGAGACGCCAAGAUUCUGGACAGUUGAUAGCGAAUCUGCUCUCGGUAGAACAACAUCCUCACCCAUAUCGAUUAUCUACAGUACUACAUCUGUAACAAAGGUUGAUACUACACCGUCUGUGGUGGUACUCUCGACUCCAACAGCCAUGCCAUCGUCCGAAACCUCCCCACCACCGAGAUUAUCAGCAGGCGCCGGAGCGGGUAUAGGAAUUGGCUGCUCUGCUGGUGUUGCAGGUAUCAUUCUCAGCACCUGGCUGUGGCGACGAGAGCGCAAAAAGAGAAAGGAAUUGCAGCAUCAAGUCGACCAUCAAGUCCACCCACCGAUUUAUGAGCCAGAAUCAACGUCUAAAGCCGUCUAUGCACGUACAUAUGUCCAGGAGACUAAUCGAGAGCUACCGCCACAGGAGCUGGAAGGUACGCCCUGGAAUGAAGUACCUUAGAUAUUAGGCCGCCAUAAUGCAACUCCGGGUGCAUCCUAAGAACGUAUCCCUUGGAUUAGAUAAAGAAAAGAAAGUCGAGAGAAACCGAAGACGGAUACUCCCAACAUUUAACAAGUUAACGUGAUGCCUACGCUAACACGUCAGCAUCUCGCGUCCACACGCACCCCUAAUUACCAUGGCGCACUAUUCGGACAUAUGUUGCGCACAGAUUGUCAUCUUGUGAUGGUUCUAGG